UGCCCAGGUGGAGCUCCACACCCGCCACGGGACUGGAGGGAGGCGGGGGCCGGCAGCCAGCUGGCUUCUCGAUUGUCCUUCGCCUCCAGCAAGUGCAAGUAGCAGCCAGCACCUCCCUUCACUGGCCGAUGAUGCGCGCUCUCUCGCGCGGUGGGGAGGAUGUUGAGAGAAGACAAGAGGGAGGCUAAGGCGGAGAAGGCGCUGAAGCGGCGGCGGGGCAAGGCCGGUGGCCCUAUUCGGGUUGUCCUUGCCCUCGGCCCUUCCUCUUCGAUGCCCUCGCCAAGAACCUGUCCGACGUCGCCGGGAGGAGGGGGCAGUUUUGCGGUGCCCGGAGGCUGCGCUCGAUCAAGAGGAGAAAAGGGUAGAAAGGCGGAGAGUCCGCUGGGAUCCGAGAGCCAUCCUUGAGCGCCAAAGCGCAGGCUGGGUCGCUGGGAUUGCUCUUUUGGUCAGGGAAAGCAGCCGGAUCCGAGAAAGAGACGGGAAGAAUAGGCUGAGGAGGGGGGAGGAGGAGGGGGGGGAGGCGACCGGAGGGCAGGCUUGUUUGCUGACGAUCGGAAGUUACUGACAAUCAAGCAGGACCUUUGCCGCUCCAGAGAUCGAGCACGAGGGAGAGAGAGAGAGAGACACGCACACCCGCGCGCACACACACCCAUACACACACCCAUCCAUCCCCAGACCAGGAGGAGGAGAGAGUGGUGGUGUGGGGGGGGGGGGAGAAGAGGAGAGCUGAUGUCUAAGGGAGUCACUCGGUGGAGGCAAAGCAGGCAGGCUUUCAACUUCUCCUCACUGCUGCCGAGCGCCAAGCGAGAUCGCUGGAAAGCGGCGGAGCUUCCCGGAGCAGGACCCUUCCUAUGGCCAGCCUGCGGCGGGGGAUUUGACGCCGUUCCCUUGAAGCCACUUGACCAACCCCCGCCGCCACCUCACUCAGCGAUGUCUUAUUCCCCGCUCUCCGCCUGCACUUGCCUAUGGUUACAUUACCUGCUGCUCUGCAUCCAAGUCCAGAUGUUUGUUGCUGAAGAAAAUGUGGAUUUUCGGAUACAUGUGGAAAAUCAGACACGAGCAAGAGACGAUGUCAGCAGGAAGCAGCUCAGACUUUAUCAGCUCUACAGCCGAACCAGCGGGAAGCAUAUCCAGGUGCUGGGAAGGCGGAUCAGUGCCAAAGGAGAAGAUGGAGACAAAUAUGCCCAGCUUCUAGUGGAAACAGACACAUUUGGCAGUCAAGUCCGGAUCAAAGGGAGAGAGACAGACUUUUACCUUUGCAUGAACAGGAAAGGCAAGCUAGUAGGGAAGCCAGAUGGCACCAGCAAAGAAUGUGUCUUCAUUGAAAAAGUCUUGGAGAACAACUACACGGCUCUGAUGUCAGCAAAGUACUCAGGCUGGUAUGUUGGAUUCACCAAAAAAGGGAGGCCCCGGAAAGGGCCCAAGACCCGGGAGAACCAGCAAGAUGUCCACUUUAUGAAACGCUACCCAAAGGGACAAGUGGAGUUACAGAAACCUUUCAAGUAUACCACAGUGACGAAGAGGACUAGGAGAAUACGACCAACCAACCCCAGUUAAAAGACCAAGGCAGUGUCUUGCAAAUAAACUACAAGAAUAGACUGUACCAGAGAAAUAUUUUUACACUAAAAAUAAGGGAGAAGUUCUAUUUUUGUACAUUGUUUUUUAAUUUUUUUUAAAGACUGGGUUAAAAAUAGAAAUCCACUGGGGAAGCUGUAAAAGAUUUAUUGUAACUUGAAGAAGAAGAAGAAGAAGAAGAAGAAGAAGAAGAAAAAAUGAAUGGCUCUAUUUAAAUUGACUUUUUUGUGCUGUGGAUUGACAUACAGGUGCUUUAUUUCUCACUGGGAAUGGACAACGUUUGGAAUGGACAACAUAUUCAAGCCAAUCCCUAGAGGGGAAAAAGUUCAUGUUAUAAUGAUGAUAAUACUAAAAAACCAAAACCACAAAACCAAAGAAAGUUCUCCCCCACCCCUCCCCCACCCAACCCCUGAAAAUCCUUGGAUAAUUCUCUGGUGUUGCAGCCCUUGGUUACUUUGGCUCUGCAAGCUAGGCUGAGAUGUGAAGAUCUGCUGAUCUGGCAUGGGGCUUCCCUGGAGGGCUUAGUACCUCAAUCCUUUAUAAUGUUUCCGAUGACAUAAGGUGUCACGACUCUGUGAUCCUGCAUUGUUCUGCUCACUUCUGGAGAAUGCUGCUAAUGACCUUCAAGUGACUAAGUAAAAUAACCUAAUACACCAAUGAUAAGGGAGUAUUUUAAAAACCAGCUCUAUUAUAUAUAUAUAUAUAUAUAUGAAUGCAUGUAUUAUAUUUAUGCAUAUAAAUGUAAUACAUAUAUUUAUAUAUAUAUGUAUAUAUAAAUAUAUAUGUAUUAUAUUAUAAAGCUAUUUAUUUCAUUUCUCUGUAUAUUGCAGUUCCAUGAACCAGGUAUUACUGCCUCAGCAAUUAAAAAUUAUUUAAAACACA